GCAUUUAUGGGUGUGUCUCUGUUGACUGCUUAUUGGCAGAAUAAACCGCAGUUCAUUAGAGAAGAUUUCUGCGUAGCAACAUUACUCGUUCAAGUGCCUGUGAGAGACACUCCAAGGGUAGUAUUUCUAAACACUUUCAGUCAUGUGCUAAGGGGUCCCAGAGGCAUCCUUACCAGUAGACGUCGUGGAGACUUAACAAAAGGACGCCCCGAUCUCACUGGGAAUUCAGAGCGAAGAAGGACGCCGUCAGAGCUAGUAGUACUAAGCUAAGCUCCGUGAGAGAAAGAGAUGGAGUGUUCGAGAAUGGCCGUUGCUUCUCGCUUUCGUGUGCAUGCGACAAUUCUGCUUCUUGCAAUGGCUGGUCGUUGUUCCUCGCAGCAAAUGGAUCAUAUCCAACUCACCUUAAUUGCAAACUCGAUGGACAACAUCAGUCGGGUGUUACAAGCUCAAACGGUUGCUUCAGAGAGAGUCAUGGAAAAGUUCACCUCAAUGGCCACAGCCCAAGCGGUUGCUUCUGAGAAAGUCGCCGCAGGAAUCAUGAAAAUUUUCACCUUGAUGGCCACAGAUCAUCUUGUCUGUGAAGGGGGUUGGCGUAGGCUCAGAACCUUCUGUUACUUCAUAAGUAAGGACACCAGCACUUGGCAAGAUAGCCGUCAAAAGUGCAUAGCCUUGAAUUCUGACUUGGUCAAGAUAACUCAUGACGAAGAGUACGACUUCCUCUAUCGUCUUGCAAAAGGUCACGCCACCUACAUAGGGCUUAGUGACCAGCAACAAGAAGGGACCUACAGAUGGGUUGCAGAUGGCACCAUUCACCAAAGCGUUGAAUCAUGGUGGCAGAAAGGUGAGCCCAACAGUGCCGGCUCAGGAGAGGACUGUAUCCAUUUCAGCUCUCGUGGCCAAGGUCUCAAUGAUAUUUCCUGUGACAGGGAGUUCAGGUACAUCUGCAAGAAGCUUGCCCACCUGGCCCUGGCUUGAAACCUUGCUUCAGUAUCAGGUGAAGAAACACCCACAGAAAAGUGAAAUGGAAAAUGGAUUAGGCCUAAGAGUAGACUGCUUUCCAAGUGUUUACAUACAGUGAAAUUGCCUGUUUUGUGUACUUGCAUUUCUUAAGCUGUAUCCUGUUAGACAACUCUAUAGUUCAUUUCACAUUUCUUUAAUUAGCAGUAACAUAACUGCAACAUUCAAGUUUACAUACCUGUUUUUGAAAGGGGACUUUUUGGCUACAAGACACCCUCUGCAGUAAUUAUUAUGUGGAACACAAGUAUAAAAUCAUCUGGGUAACCAUUUGGUAGGAGAACUGGAGUGCUUUGUGAACUAUGCUUGUUUCAGAUAGUUAUCUAGGAAAGUAGGUUUAUAAUUUCAAUAAAUAUGGUUGAUCUAAUUUGACAGGGGGUUGAAUCUCUCAUGAGCCGAUUUAUUUAUUUAUUUUUUUUUUAAGUAUGCCAGUUUUCUGAAUUACACUUUAGGCGCUAGGCAUAUAAAUCAUUAAACACUCAUUUUGUCUCUGUAUCAUGAAUGAAAUGAUACGUACAAGAACUGUACUUAGGUUACAAUUCCCUUUCACUUUGCCAGAGGAUGUUUCCUUCAAUCAGACGAGCAAUCUUUAUCCUGUAGCUCACAGGCAGUCAGCAACCAAUUUUGGGUUCAUUUCUUCCUUGGAACAUUUGUAGGAAGUUUGCAUGCUGUAAUGCAAAAGUUACCUUAGCAAAUUUACUGUAGAUUUCAAAAAUCAAAUAAACUUCUUACUUGCCCCA